AAUCCCACCGUUGAAGAAGAUUAAAGUUCCGGCCUUUCGAUGUUUUAUUUUGCACGCUUCUGUCAUACAGGUAACUGCUAUGUGAAUAAUUGGCGUAAAUGUAAUGUACAUCUGCAUGGGAAUGAACCACCGUGUGUCGAUGAGUACUGUGACUUAGUUGGUAAACUGCUUGUCCGCGGUACAUGCAGCAGUUGUAACGAACGUCGUCAGCUAGACAGCUAACGCGUUAGCCAGCUAGCGUAAGAGCCAUAUUAACACAGUUUCAAAACCUGUCUUUGGCCAUGACGUAUAUUUACAGCUGGCUAACUUAGUUAGUUAUGCAUGUUGCUCUCGUAAAUUGCUGGCUGGCUGUGUUAAAUGUAAUUGUAAUUGUAUUUGUGAUUAUUGGCUAACUACUAGUUAGUCCUUGAUCAUGACUCGCUGUUCCAUACACAAGUAAUUGUUGGACGAAGGCGUCUUCUGCACGGGGGAGUUUUGUUAAUAGCCAGGACUCUCGGUCUGAACAUUAACACGCAUCGCUUGCGGUACUGUUUUGGAAGCAUAAGUACCUUAUAUUUCAUAUCAGUGAGAAAUAAUUUUCAAAAAAUAAAAGGUUAAAUUGAUACACACUUUUAUAGGGUUAGCGUUCCCACACGGCCGUAUUUCCAUGUUACAGCACUUGUUUACACAGACGGAUGACUGAGUGGUUUAUUUUGAUGUGAUAUGAAAGUAUAGGGGUGUAUGUUUCUAGAACCGUACCACAAGUAUUAUAUUUAAACAGAAAUUGUCAGGUCCUUGGACUAUACAGAGUAACGCAAGGCUCCUUUAGUCCAUUAUUGGGCUAGCUACUAGCUAGCUAUAUAUGCCAUGUUUUUCUUCUGUUACAGGAUGUUGUGCAUAGUAGCUAACCAGGCUGAAUUCUGAUGCGAAGAACUGAAAAUGGAUAGAGAUUUACUGAGGCAGACUUUGUCUCACCAUGGACAAAGCCUGUUUACCCAUCUCAAAUGUGAACAAAGUGAAAAUCCAGAUUUCAAAGCUAUUGAACCGGACUUGUCCAAGGCCAGCUAUCAAAGGUAAUUUUAAAUGGACAGUACAGUGAUUUAACUAACAUUUUGAAUCCAAAUGUAGGCUAAUGGAACACCAAGUUGGCAACACCAACAAUGUCAAUGGCAAAUUUCCAGACCAUUUUAACAUUAUCAUUAAUAUCUAUCUUUUACAGGAAAGAUGGAGGGGAGGACAAUGCCUUAGUGGAGCAGUUCAUUGCUAGAAAAGCUGACAUCCUAUUUGCACCAUCAUGGAAAUCCAGUGCAACGGUGGAGGAUGUGUUGGAGGAGGAAGGGGAAGGUAGCUGUUACUGUCAAAUGUAGAGGUAAAUUAACAUAUUGUAUUGAGUUUGGCCUAAUAUCCUUUUCCUAGAGCCCUACGCCAUCAUGCCCCCUCUGGAGCAGUUCAUGGAGGUGUCAUUUGAGGAGCGGAGGAAUCUGUUGUACAGGGACAUGGAGCGAGGGGACAUCGUGAUAGGCAGGAUCAACUCCAUCAGGGAUUUUGGCUUCUUUGUAACACUGAUCUGCAUGGGAGGUGGACUAGAGAGAGACAUAGAGGAUCUGGAGCUCACGGUAAGGUUUGUGGCUUUGGCCUGGUGCUCAGUGUUUUGUAUUGAAGAAAUAGGAGCACAUGGUAACCUCUUUCUCUGCUUUCUUUCUCUCCUCAGGCCCUGUGUCCCCUUAGAGAUGUACCUUCCAAUGGCAAUCAUGACGAUCCGCUAUCGUACUAUCAGAUUAACGAUUUGAUAAGAGGUUAAUGCACAGUGCACUAGCUAACUAUGUGUAGUAAAUGUAAACAUGUUCACAAUGCCGUUUUGUGAUAAAAGUCAACAAACUGACCCAUAUACCAUGUGCUGUGCUCUAGCUGGAGUGAAGGAUAUUGACCGAUACCAUGAGAAGAUAACCAUUUCACUUCAGCCCUCCUCCCUCGCCCCAAACCUGAUGAGCCUAAAGCUUGGAGUUUUUAGUAGAGAUGAUCUUCCACUUCAAUACAGGUAAGACAGACGUAUUCUAAUUGGCAGAAAACAUAAGGUGAAAAAUAGUUCCGCUAGACCUUAGGCUAAUUCUUUGCUCAUUGUAUUGUUUUCAUUGUUUUACCCAGUCGCAGUGUGAGGGUUGCCAACGACAACACUGAAACCUAUGAGAGGGUUUUAGAGGGUACUCUUGGAUACUCCAACCCGUCUAACGUGGAGUAUCUCCUGGGCAAGAUUGGGAUCAGUGACACACAGCCUCCCUCACUCAUGAGAGGGCUACAGAGGUGAGAAGACAAAUUUGUUGUUUUGUCACACUCUUCAGCAGACACGCUUCCCAGAAAUUGAUACCCCUUGCCCCCUUUUAUCAGCACGACUGUAUUUUGGGACUCUCCUUUACAGCAAACAUUUCCUUGAGGAGGACUUUGCCACAACUAUCCGAAAGAAGCAGUCUGCGUCCUGGGCUCUUAAAUGGUAUGCCUGACAUUUUAACUCUCUGCAUGUUGGAGAACAUUAGAGCAGCAGGUGACUAGAUCUGUGCUAGCCUAUUGUUUACAGAAUGCAUGAACUGCUCCUGAUCGCGCUUUGUUUUGUCAAUAUACAUUAUGUCUUGCGUUACAGUGUGAGGGUUGGUGUGGACCACUUCAAGUCUGGUCGCCACGUCGACGCAAUGAAUGAAUAUAAUAAGGCCUUAAAUAUUGACACUAACAAUGUGGAAGCCCUUGUGGCACGUGGUGCACUGUGAGUAUCCAUCUAAUUUGAUUGAUAAUGUAAUAGUCAGCACUCCCAGCCUACACUCUGCUAGUUAGUUUUUUAAAUAUGUUUUUAAUUGUAACAUAAAAUGUAGUUGUCCUACAGCUAAUGAAAAUGUAUGCACUCACUAACUGUAAGUCGCUCUGGAUAAGAGCGUCUGCUAAAUUACUAAAAAGCUAAUAUAAACCUGCCAUUUGAUUUUUCCCAGGUAUGCCAACAAAGGGAGUUUGCUGAAGGCAAUAACAGACUUUGAGCUGGCAUUGGAAAGUUGCCCAACCCACAGAAAUGCUAAGAAAUACCUAUGCCAGACCCUGGUAGAGCGAGGUGGCCAGUAAGUAGGAAGGUUUUCCCUCAUCCUGUGUUUCUAAGUGACAACCCCUCCUCUCUAAAAUACUUGUUUCCCUCUGUUAGACUGGAGGAGGAAGAAAAGUUAGUCACAGCUGAGGGCCUCUACAGAAAAGCCCUGGCCUUAGAAGACUCCUUCCCGGAUGCCAAGGAAGCAUUGAGAAAAAUAGAGCUACUUAUCCAGGUGAGCUGGAACAUUCCAUGGGUUAUGCCAACUAUUCCACUUGUCUCCCAUUUAAGAAGCUAGGCUUCGAUUGGAAAGUCGGUUUCUGACUGUUUUAACACCCUCAUAUGACUAAUACUUUCUGUUUACUUGACAUAUUUGAACAUGAACAUUUGAAAAGGGGCCAGUUAAAAGUAAUUUUGUUGUAUGAGUUUGUGUGUUUGGCCUAACACACAGGGAGCCUUGUAAUACUGAUGAAGUGUUUUGUUGUGUGCGUGUCUGCAAUCUGGGACUCUGCCCUUUGACUCUACCCGACUUCCUUGAUUGUCGCGUGUCUAUUGGGGGAACAAACAACCUUACAACUGGAAUGAAAAUGGUUGGUACGCUGGACCUGGUCUCAAUGCGGUAAAUGUAAACCCUUUUUGUCCACCUGGAAAAAUUGCCAUUUGUUCUCUACCUAUAAAUAUUAUUUCUGGAUCAUGCUAUGGUAAACUUGUCUGUAUGUGCCAUUUUCCUUGUCCAUCCAAAUUAAUGGAUUAAUGUUUUUCACAUUCCUGGUUUCCUCCCAUGUGUGUUGAAUUCUUGAAUCUUGAAAUCGGGUGCAAUUUUACUAUGAAAAUUGACUGCUUUAAAGAAAUCCCUCAAACUGAGAGAAGAGGCAGCUGCAAAGGAAGCGGAAAAAGCUAAGAAUGUGGAGACAAGUGCAGAAAAAUUGCGUAAGAUCUUGAAAGAAGAAAAAAGGUAAAUCCAUACCAAUCCAACGUCAGGAAGGUAAACUGUCAGCUCAUCGGUUGCCUUUUAAAACAAAAUGCAUACACGUAAUUUAAUUUGGCUAAAUAUCAAUCAUCAUUUUAAGUUGGUCACCAAUAUCACCUAAUUUGAUAUUGUAGCUACAUAGUUUCAGUCUUUGCUAUAACUCCCUCUAGAAUGAAAAAGAAACGGAAGAUAUCAUCCUCUUCAUCAACAUCAUCGUCUUCCACCUCCUCUUCGUCCGACCACUCCUCCUCCUCUGGGCACAGGAAGUCAAAGAAAAAGAAGCGCAAACGCAGACGGUCAUCUCGAGGGGAGAAACUCAAGCAGAGGGUUUCAUCCAGGAACAACAGGAGUGUGUCUGAUGACGAGGAGGAGUGGUACCCUGCCCCACCCAACACCUCUGCCUCCUUCCUGGAUCAGAAAUGUAGCUUUGUCCAGCCGUUUGAGGGGCCAGAGAGGACUGAAGAGCAUAGUCAGCACCACAGCAAAGGCAGGCAUCGCUCUUUAUCAUCAGUGUCCACAGACGCUCCGGACAACAGCAGAGGUAGGUUUGAAGAUGGCCCUGUUGACGGCUCUCCUCAGCGAGCUGAGAGCAGCAAGGGGAAAGGUGUCCGAAGUGACAAGACCAGUGAUGGGGAGGUGAAUGGGAGGGAGAGGGAAGCCUCCAGGGGCCAUUGGAAGAGCCAGGGCCAGGAGGAUCAAAGUGGCCCACAAGAAGUUCCCAGCUCAUUGGAGAAAGUCAAACACAGAAGAAUGUCCUCAUCUGCCAGCUCAGAGCAUUCCUGCAAAUCUGACCGGUACGCCAACGAGCUCCCGUCACAGUCCCACAUAUCCACUUACAGACGAUCAGAUAGUGGGAGGUAUGGUCGCACAGAGCGAGGAGAGAAGAAUAGGGCCACCCGACGGUCUGAUGUAGGGGAUAACAGGUCUUCCACUGAGGCCUCUCUGAAUGGUAAGGGAUCUGCAGGAGGAAAUAAAGAGCUGUCAACUAAUCUCCUAGAUAUCUUCAGCCAAAUAGCUCAGUUUGAGAAGGAGAAAUGCUUCAAGCCGAAAAAGUGAAUUCAGCUUUUCCGAGAUGCUUUAACCAUCUUAUGUCAUAACUAUGAACAAAUCAACUAUUGCUAUUGUAGUGUUGGACAAAGUUCUAGUGUCCAAAGCUGUCAUAAUUGAGCAUUGGUGAUAUCAAACAAUUUCCUCUGAAAUGUUUACUGUUUUUGUGAUAAAUACGCUGCCUUAAUAUCAUAUCAGAUUGUCUUUUCUGUGAAAGGACAUGUAUUUUAUGUGCCAGAAAGCAAAUGAAAGACCUGUUAAGAUGUCUGCUGUUGGCUUGCAGUUAGAAAAUUAUUUUCCUUCAAUUAAAGGUAGACUCAGCGAAAUGA